GGGGCCUUAUUAUUUGGCUUUGUUGUACGCUCAUUUUGGACUGUUUGCUCUUUUGGGAACUCAUCAAUCCAUCGCUGAUUUACACCGCCGCAUCAGCUGAGACUACAGCCGCGGGAGACGAUAAGCCUCCAUGGCCUCGAAGCUUAUGGCCGCUAUACUUUGCCGCCGGGCCUCCCAUCUCCGAGCCCUCUCCUCUGCUCCAGCAGCCCUAACUACUCCUCCGCCUGCAGCGGAACCCUACGAGGACGCCACCGGCAUCUCGACGAAAGGAGUAAAGAUCUCCGGCCGGCCGCUCUACCUCGACGUGCAAGCCACCUCGCCGGUGGACCCUAGGGUUCUGGACGCGAUGCUUCCCUACUACCUAUCUCGGUUCGGAAACCCCCAUUCUCGGACCCACCUCUACGGCUGGGAGUCUGAUGACGCAGUGGAGCGUGGACGCGCUCAAGUGGCCGCCCUAAUCAACGCCUCCCCCAAGGAGAUCGUCUUCACCUCCGGCGCCACGGAGUCCAACAACAUCUCAAUCAAGGGCGUCUUGCACUUCUACAAGGAUAAGAAGCGCCACGUCAUCACCACCCAAACGGAGCACAAGUGCGUGCUCGACUCGUGCCGGCAUCUUCAACAAGAGGGUUUCGAAGUUACCUACCUCCCUGUCCACUCCGACGGCCUCGUCGACCUAAAUCAGCUCCGUGCCGCCAUUCGCCCGGACACGGGACUGGUCUCCGUGAUGAUGGUCAACAACGAGAUUGGCGUGAUCCAACCGAUGGAAGAAAUUGGGAAAAUCUGCAAGGAAUUCAACGUUCCACUCCACACUGAUGCGGCGCAAGCUUUAGGGAAAAUUCCGAUUGACGUGGAGAAGAUAAACGUGAGUUUGAUGUCGUUGAGUGGACACAAAAUCUAUGGACCUAAAGGUAUUGGGGCCUUGUAUAUGCGUCGUAGGCCGAGGAUUAGGGUUGAGCCCCAAAUGAACGGAGGUGGACAAGAGAGAGGAAUUCGAAGCGGGACCGUUCCGACCCCAUUGGUUGUGGGGAUGGGCGCGGCGUGCGAGCUGGCGAUGAAAGAGAUGGAAUACGAUGAGAAGAGGAUCAAUAAGCUGCAAGAGAGAUUGUUUAAUGGGAUAAAAGCUAAGCUCGAUGGUGUAGUGGUAAACGGAAGUACUGAGAAGCGGUAUGCCGGGAAUUUGAACUUGUCUUUCGCUUAUGUCGAGGGGGAGAGCUUGUUGAUGGGGUUGAAGGAGGUGGCCGUGUCGAGUGGAAGUGCCUGCACGAGCGCCAGUUUGGAGCCUUCUUAUGUGUUGAGGGCAUUGGGAGUGGACGAGGACAUGGCACACACGUCAAUUAGGUUUGGGAUUGGGAGGUUCACUACCGAGGCAGAGAUUGAUAGGGCGAUUGAGCUCACCGUGCAGCAGGUGGAGAAGUUGAGAGACAUGAGUCCGCUUUAUGAGAUGGUGAAGGAGGGAAUUGAUAUUAAAAACAUCCAAUGGACACAGCACUGAUUGGUUGGAUGCCUGUUCUGGUUGUGACGACUAUUGAAGAUGAGCUUGUGCUGUUUAAACAUGUGGAAUGUUUGCCAAGAUACGCUGGCUGUUGAAUAAUUAUGUAAAUAGAAGAGAAUCAAACUGAAGAAUUGCAGCGAUUGGUGUCCCAUUAACAGAAGUACUGGCUGGAGAGUAAACUGGGAGGCUAAAUGCUGUGUGAUUACUCUUAUUGUGAUUUGUUUGGUCUGGCAACACAUUUCUAGACUCUUUAUCUUCUAAACAAUAUAACUUUGAGCCUCUCAUGCCCUGCCCCAAUUCACUACUUGACUUAUUUCGAACGACUUGUUAAUAUAGUGGAAUGUUAAACAUGCAAGAGAUUUGGUUGAACUAACUCUUGAUCUUAUUAUCAUUCUAUAACAUAGUUUGUUAUGAAACGCUUCUAGAGGAAUAUAAUUUUGUCCACUUGGUGAACAUGAUGGGACAUCUUUAUUGGUUAUAUAAGACAGGAACUUUGUGCGAGACUUUUUAUGUAUUGUACAAGUUACAUGGGUCUUACAGUAGAGAAGGCUAUAUAUAGAGAAAUAAUUAACAAGUUAGAAUUUAUCUAACCGAUCCCACAUAGUAGGAUUAAGGCUUGAUAGGUUGUUGUAUAUGCCAAACCCAUAUAUGUUGUAAUAUUUAUAUUGAUGAUAAGUUCAUUAUUAAAUUAAUAAAGCAAAGAUCAUGAACUUAAUUCCAAAGUAAUACUAUUCCCUGUAUAACUAAAGUUGCACAUCUGAGUGAGGUUAAGGGUAGGAAGAGCAUACAUGUGUCUCAUUCAGUAUUUUCUCCAUUGUUUGAAGUUCUUGAUGAAAGCUAGCAGAUGAAUGGU